AUGGCCGACCGCCUCUACAGCCGGCCUGAGGGCAAUACUCAGCGUCUGGCAGACGAGCUCGAGAAGCCAUUGCUAGAUGACAGAACGUACAGAGUGAUCGAGCUGCCCAACAAGCUCCAAGCACUGCUCAUCCACGACCCAGACACAGACAAGGCCGCAGCAGCCAUGGACGUCAAUGUGGGAAGUCUGUCGGAUCCAGAGGAUAUGCAGGGAGUAGCACAUGCCGUCGAGCACGCAUUGUUCAUGGGAACGAGGAAGUACCCAGGCGAGAACGACUACAACUCGUACCUCACCAAGUACGGCGGCAAUUCCAAUGCAUUCACCGCGUCGACAUCCACCAACUACUACUUUGAACUUUCCGCUUCCUCCAAAUCGAACAGCCCGACCUCAUCCGCGAAUACCAGCCAAGCGAGUUUGCUCAGCAACGUUUCCAAGCAUGAAGCACCACUCUACGGCGGAUUGGAUCGAUUCGCACAAUUCUUCAUUGAGCCCCUCUUCGACGAGAACACACUAGACCGAGAGCUGCGCGCAGUGGACUCUGAGAACAAGAAGAACCUACAGAGCGACAACUGGCGGUUGAUGCAACUGAACAAGAGCUUGUCGAGUCCACACCACCCAUACCAUCUCUUUGCGACUGGCAACUGGGAUCUUCUGCACGAUCAGCCCAAGGCAAGAGGCGUCGUGAUUCGAGAUGAGUUCAUGAAGUUCUACAGCACACAGUACUCUGCAAAUCGCAUGAAGCUAGCUGUGCUCGGACAAGAGGACCUGGACACGCUUCAAGCAUGGGUCGAGGAGUUCUUUACGGCUGUGCCUAACCAGGAUUUGCCCAAGUUGGAGUGGACAAUGCCGGCAUUAACUGAGAAGGAGCUUUUGACCCAGAUCUUUGUGAAGCCAGUGAUGGACACACGUCUACUGGACAUCUCAUUCCCCUACCCCGAUGAGGAAGAGGAGUAUGAAUCACAGCCUGGACGCUACAUCAGUCAUCUGAUCGGUCACGAAGGCCCCGGCAGCAUCCUUGCUUUGCUGAAGGAGAAGGGUUGGGCCAACGAUUUGAGUGCAGGCGCUCAGCCUUUGUGUCCGGGUACUGCUUUCUUCACGAUCAUGCUUCGAUUGACAACAGAUGGUCAGACUCACUACCAAGAGGUGAUUAAGACUGUCUUCCAGUACAUUGCCAUGAUCAAGGAGUCACCUCCUUUGGAGUGGAUUCACGAAGAAUCGGCUAAGCUGGCAGAAGUUCAGUUCAGGUUCAUGCAAAAGAUUCCUGCUUCGCGCACCGUCAGCCGGAUUUCUGGUGUCAUGCAAAAGCCACUUCCGCGAGACAAGCUUCUCAGUGGAGAUGCCCUGCUCACGAAGUUCGACCCUGCGGGCAUCAAGAAAGGUCUCGAUGCUCUGCGACCAGACAGCUUUCGCUUCACCCUCGUGAGCCAAGACUUUCCUACCGACUUCCCGUCGCGAGAGCACUGGUACGGUACGGAGUACAAGAUGGAGAAGAUUCCGGCAGACUUCAUGCGCGAGAUCCAACAGGCGUACGAUUCGAGCAGCACCCAACGACCCGCUGAGCUUCACCUACCACACAAGAACGAGUUCAUUCCCGAGCGCCUUGACGUGGAGAAGAAGAAAGUCGCAACACCGGCUUUGACACCCAAGCUCGUUCGCAACGAGAACAACAUCCGUAUCUGGCACAAGAAGGACGACCAGUUUUGGGUGCCAAAGGGCAAUGUCUACAUCUACCUGCGAUCACCUUUAAUCAACUCGUCUGCAUUCGUCGUAGAGUGCGCGCGUAUCUACAAGGAGCUCGUGGAUGACAGCCUUUCUUCCUAUGCAUACGAUGCUGAACUUGCCGGCCUCGAGUAUGGCAUCUCCCUUCACGGCGAUGCUUUCGAGAUCUCAGUCAGUGGUUACAACGACAAGAUGCAUGUCCUGCUCCAGAAAGUUCUCGAGUCGAUGCGCGAUCUGGAAAUCAAGGAAGAUCGCUUCAAGAUCGUCUUGGACAGACUUGAGCGUGGACAUCGCAACUCCGAAUACAUGGAGCCUUUCCGCCAGGUCAGCAACUACAGGAACUGGGUCAACAAACCACGCGCCUACCUUCCUAGUGAACUGCUCGCCGUGUUGUCCUCCAUUGAGGUAGACGAUGUCAAGAGGAUGCACCCACAGUUCUUGCGCCAGAUGCACAUCGAGAUCAUGGCUCAUGGUAACUUCUACAAGGAGGACGCACUGAAGCUUGGCGAUCUGGUCGAGAAGACACUCAAAUGUCUACCGUUGCCUCGAUCACAGUGGCCUGAGGAUCGUUCAAUCAUCUUCCCACCAGGCUCGGACUACACGUACAAGCAUACCCUAGCCAACAAGGAGAAUGUCAACCACUGCAUCGACUUCUCUGUCCAUAUCGGUGAUGCGCAGGAUCGCCGCCUGCGUGCUAAGCUGUUGCUUCUUUCACAAAUGCUAGAAGAGCCAGUGUUCGACACAUUACGGACCAAGGAGCAGCUUGGGUACGUUGUAGGUGGAAGUCCAAUUGUGACUGGAGGCCGUCUGCAAUACCGCGUCCUGGUCCAGAGCGAGAAGCCCUGCCCGUACUUGGAAGAGCGAAUCGAGCACCUCCUGAGCACCUUUGACCAGACCAUCAAGGAUAUGCCGGAAAAGGAGUUUGAGGCGCAUAGGAUUGGUGUGAUCAACAAGCGCUUGGAGAAGCUGAAGAACCUCAAUUCUGAGAGUGGGCGUCUUUGGUACCAUAUCACGUCGGAUGUGUUCGAUUUCGAGCUUGUCAACCACGACGUGGAGGCACUCGAGAAGCUCUCGCAGUCCGAGAUUGUGGACUUCUUCAACCUCUAUUUCAACCCAAGCUCGCCAGAGCGUGCCAAGCUUUCUGUCUACAACAUCGCCCAGGCUUCGAGCGACGAUAUUGCAGCCAACACGAGCGUGUCCGAACAGCGUGCGAACCUUGGCAACGCCGUCUCCAGCAUGCUCACCCAGCUUCAACUUCCCGCCGAACCAGAGCAGCUCGCCACCUACUUCGAAAAGAUCGAUCUGGCCAAACCGGGCCACGUCGAAUCGAUCGUGGCUGCAGUCGGCGAGUAUCUCCAGAAGGUUGCCGGCAUGGCUGCCGAAGACGCCAAAGUUAUCAUCUCGCAGGCCCAAGCUUUCCUUCCGGGCCUGCUGCCAUCGCUAGGCAUCAAGGCGCCAGCGCCGCAGACCAAUGGUGAUGCUAACGGUCAUGCGAAUGGUAAUGGACAUGUCGUCGAAAAGAAGAAGGAGAGUAUCUUGAUCGAGGACAUCAAGGCCUUCCGCGCCAGUAUGCCACUCACUGCCGCGGGUGUGCCUGUCAAGGACAUCUCUGAGUUCGAGGAUUUGGAGCCGAAGCUCUAG